GUCACCCAGGUGGUCAUCGUGUUCGUGGGCUUCCUCCUGCAGGGGGCCGUGAUGGCCCACCGCGUGCCCCAGGCCAUGGUGCGCACGGCUAACAUCCUGGAGUUUGCGGCCAACCAUGCCUCCAUCUGGAUCGCCGUCCUGCUCACCAUCUACCGCUACAGUGCCCUGUGCCACUCCCUACACCAUCAGGCCACCUCGUCCCCAGGCAGGACCUGCCGGGCCAUUGCCGAAGUCCUUAGUGCUGCCCUACUAACAGGCAUCCCCUUCCACUGGUGGCUGGAUGUGUGGAGGGGCGCCGGCCCCCCCAGCACUUUGGGUGAAGUCCUCAUGUGGGCUCACUGCCUCAUCAUCUAUUUCAUCCCUUGUGGUGUUUUCCUGGUCACCAACUCAGCCAUCGUCCUCUAGCUACAGAAGAGGGGCCAGAGGGGGCUGCAGCCCCGAGUGGGCAAGAGCACAGCCAUCCUCCUGGGUGUCACCAUGCUCUUCGCCCUCCUUUGGGCACCCCAGAUCUUUGUCAUGCUAGUCUACCACCUGUACGUGGCUCCUGUCCACCGGGACUGGAGGGUCCACCUGGCCUUG